AUGAGUGAUUUAUAUCACCAAACCUUUGCGCCUUUCUGGCGAAUGCACAGGAAGAAAUUUCCUCUGCAUAAACAAGCGAUUAUUAAUCACUGGUUAGACCAGAUGAUGAAGUAUCCUCGGCCUAUGGCUCAUGAUGAGGAUUAUGAUGAUAUUGAAAGUGAGGUUGAAACAAUCAAUGAGAUUGUGGAAAGUGAUUUUGGAGGUUCUGUGGAACCGGCAAUUAUUGAGAACAUAUCGGUCCAACCAUUAGGUGAUGAGGUUCUUAAAAACAUCAGUGUUGACCUCGAUGUGAAAUAUGAUGAGUAUGGGUGUUAUGUUGAGGCCGAUUGUAAAGAUGAAUUUGUUACUCAGACUCAAAUGAAUGAGAAUGAUGAAAAUAAAAGUGUUUUCCUAGUUGGCAAUGAUGAAUAUGGAUUUUAUGUUGAGUCUGAUGUCAAAGAAGGUUAUGUUGAGGAAAUUCCAGCGCAUGAGAAUGAUGAAUAUAGCGGUGGUGACCAGAUUGUUGAGUGUGAUGAAUACGGAUUCUUUGUUGAAUCUGAAUGUAUUGGGGAUUUUGUUGCUCAAAAUCUGACUAUAGAGAAUGGUGAAAAUAUAAGAGCGACGUAUGAUUUCGGAGGUUCUGGAGACCCCGGAAUUGUUGAAAAUGUUUCUGAUGAGAAACAUGGAGUUGAGGAAUUUCAAAAGAACAGGUAUGGUAAUCUGCAUUUAAUUUGAUUUUUCUUAGCAAUCUUUAGUUUUAAUGCUUUUUCCAGCUAUUUCAAGUACUUUUGAUUAAUCAGAGCGCUUUCAAUAUUUACUCUUUUUUUCACUUUUUUGAACAACAUCAUUGAAAAAUUGAACAAUAUGUGUCCU